CCUUUGGCCCCUGAAACUGAAAACGCACAAAACACGAACACACGCAGCUAAAAACUUGGUGCUACCUUAAUUAUAGCUCUAACACCACACCUCUGCCUCUGGAUCAAGCACCUUCACAGUCACCACUGAAACAAAAACACCAUAAUACCGAAAAAAAAAAACAGAAAGAAGAAAGAUCUCUUAUCUUUCUUUUUAACUACCCUUCAUUCAAAUCCUUUUUUUUUUCUUUUCCAUGUCUCGCACUCCCAACUACGAGUUCCAGGAAUGGUGGAACAAGCAGCGCGAAAAGAACACCAAUACCAACAACCUCGACCCCCUCGACGACAACCUUAAAAAACUCGAGUACGGCCACUCCUCUCCGCCGCCGUUCACGGCGCUAGACGUGGACUCCUCCACUGCCGCGAACUCCGCCACCUCCGACCACGACCGCUCCGGCAGGAAAGAACGCUCCCGAAGCGCACGGCAGCUCACAUGGGUCUGCCUGUUGAAAUUCCAGCAGCUCGCUGCGUCCCUCGGCUGGCUCUCCCACGGCCUCCUUUUCCUCCUCCGCACCGCCCACCGCCGGAUCACCGACUCCGCGUCGUUCCGCGGCGACACCUCGCGCCUCUACCGCGCGAUCCGUUUCUUUCUCAUCACAGUCCUCCUACUCCUAGGGUUCGAGCUCGUCGCGUUUUUCAAAGGCUGGCAUUUCAGCCCUCCCGAUCCGAGCGACGUUUUGGGCGUCAUCGGCGUCGUUUACGCCGCGUGGCUCGACGUUCGCGCCACGUAUCUAUCUCCUCCGCUGCAGAGCCUGGCGAAUCUGUGCACCGUAUUGUUCAUUGUGCAGUCGGUGGACAGGGUCAUUUUGAUCUUAGGGUGCUUCUGGAUCAAGUUUCGGAGGCUCAAGCCCGUGGCGAGUGUGGAUUACGAUGGCCCGGGGCAGAGCGUGGAGGAUUUUCCGAUGGUGUUGGUUCAGAUUCCCAUGUGCAAUGAGAGGGAGGUUUACCAGCAAUCCAUUGGAGCAGUUUGUAUCCUAGAUUGGCCAAAGGAAAGAAUGCUUGUACAGGUUCUUGAUGAUUCUGAUGAAGUAGAUACCCAACAGCUUAUCAAGGCAGAAGUGCAUAAAUGGCAACAAAGGGGUGUUCGGAUAAUAUAUAGACAUCGGCUUAUACGUACAGGCUACAAGGCAGGGAAUCUUAAAUCAGCAAUGAACUGUGAUUAUGUUAAGGAUUAUGAGUUUGUGGCAAUAUUUGAUGCUGAUUUCCAGCCAACACCGGAUUUCUUAAAGAAGACAGUGCCUUAUUUCAAGGGAAAGGAUGAUUUGGCAUUAGUACAGGCAAGAUGGGCAUUUGUAAACAAGGAUGAGAACUUGCUUACAAGAUUGCAAAACAUCAAUUUGUCUUUCCACUUUGAGGUGGAACAACAGGUGAAUGGUAUCUUCAUGAACUUCUUUGGUUUUAAUGGAACUGCUGGUGUCUGGAGAAUAAAGGCCCUUGAGGAGAGUGGUGGUUGGUUGGAUCGAACAACUGUUGAGGACAUGGAUAUUGCUGUUCGUGCUCAUCUCUGUGGAUGGAAGUUUGUAUUUCUCAAUGAUGUUAAGUGUCUUUGUGAACUUCCAGAGACCUAUGAGGCAUAUAAGAAACAACAACACCGCUGGCAUUCUGGUCCAAUGCAAUUGUUUCGCUUGUGUUUUCUUGAUAUACUUCGUUCAAAGGUUAGUUGGGUAAAGAAGGUCAAUUUGAUAUUUCUUUUCUUCCUCCUGAGGAAGCUUAUCCUGCCAUUUUAUUCAUUCACGCUAUUCUGCAUCAUUCUUCCUUUGACCAUGUUCCUUCCUGAAGCCGAGCUCCCAGCCUGGGUUGUUUGUUACAUUCCUGGAAUCAUGUCCCUCCUAAGUGUUCUCCCAGCUCCACGGUCAUUUCCAUUUAUAGUUCCUUACCUUCUAUUUGAGAACACUAUGUCGGUAACUAAAUUUAAUGCCAUGAUAUCUGGAUUAUUACGCUUUGGAAGUUCUUACGAGUGGGUGGUUACAAAAAAGUUGGGAAGGUCAUCAGAGACAGAUUUGGUUGCCUUUGAGAAAGAAGCUGAACCUCUAAUGCGAUCUACUAGUCUUCAUAGAUCAUCCUCAGAUUCAGGCAUUGAGGAACUAAGCAAACUAGAAUUGUCAAAGAAAACUGGGAAGACCAAGAAAAAUCGUCUCUUCAGGAAAGAACUUUAUCUCGCAUUAAUUUUGUUGACUGCCUCAGUUAGAAGCUUAUUAUCUGCCCAAGGAAUUCACUUCUACUUCCUAUUAUUUCAAGGGAUAAGUUUUCUGGUUGUUGGUCUUGAUUUGAUUGGAGAGCAGGUUAGUUGAUGUCCAGAUUUUGGAUUUUUAGUGCAUACAAAACCUCUAAGAUCCUCAUUGAUAAAGGUCAGAAUGGCCAAACCAUAAACCCAUCCCUGAACACAUUGAUUUGAGCCUAAGCUGUUCAGUGUGGUUUUUGGCUCCCAAUUAAAGCAAAUCAGUUGCUGCUUGACGCCAAACUUGCAGUUUUGUUUUUGGUAUAAGACUUAUGCCUCAUUGUUGUUGCCGAGUCAUAUGCCUUAAGUUACAUAACAGUUGUUUCAGUUCCUAAUGGCAAAACGUAUCAACACUUUGGAAAAAAGAUAAAGGGGUUUAACAUUCCUGUCCUAUAAUGCAAUGCCAUUAUAGAAUUACUUGCCUGCCUGAAUUGAAAAGGUGGAGAUUGUUAAGAUUAUAACAUUUGUUAUUCUUUUUUUUUUUUUCUAUAUUGACAUACUGUACAAUCACAUAAUUUCAUUGUGUCGUUGCUCAAUUUGUAUUUGUUAUCAGGCAGAGAGGUUUUUGGCACACCUGUCAGCAAACAUAUUUUCAUCUUUUACCAUUAAUUUUAACUGUUGUCUUUAUCAUA